AGACGCACUUUGAACCUCCUAAGCGAACGCAGCCUUAUCCAUUCAGCAGUUCCUCCGGAGCGAGCGCAGCCUUGAUUUCCAUGGAAGUAUCCGCCGGAGCUCCACGCCCACCGUUACAGCCUGAGAAACCCGACGUUGAAAGGAUAAAGCAAAAGCUUCUCAAAAAUGGCGUCGUCCCAACUCCCAAAAUCAUACACAACAUCUGCAAAAAACACCGCCAGAAAGUCAAUCGCCGCGCGGCCAAACAGGCCGCCAAGGAGCCACCGCCUCUUACCGACGCCCAGAAACAAACCCUAGAGGAAGAGUUUCACUUCCAGACCAUCAAAUCCGAGUACCGAAGCUUCCUAGGAGCCGUGAAUGCGAAAAAUGAGGGGAAACUCAUCGGACGGCCGUGGGAGAGGCUUGACAAGCUUCAAUUGCAAGUACUUUCAAGAGAAAACAUGCAGCAUUCUGGAGACAGCUUAAGGGGUGAGCCUCUGAGGGAACUCCGUGAUAUCAUCGAGUGUGAAAGAGAAAAGUACGGAUGGAUUCUCGAUGAAGAUGUCGAGAUUGAAGAAGGGUGGUCUGAUAAUCAGAGGUCAAAUUGGGUACCACCAAAGUUCAAAGGAAGCGAACCCGAGGCAAUACGGUUUCUUAUCGACAAACUGAGCGGUACAGAAAUGAGUGCGAAGAAUUAUAAGUUUUCACGGCUUAUGAAAUACACCGGAUUGCAGUUUACAGAACGCCAAAUGCUGAGAUUAGUUGAAGGUCUUGGGGACAGAGGAGAGUGGAGGCACGCAUUGUCUGUUGUUAAAUGGGUUUAUGACUCAAAGGAGCACAUACAUUACAAAAGCAGGUUUGUUUAUACAAAGCUCUUGGCAGUUUUGGGAAGAUGUAGGAGGCCUCGUGAAGCUCUUGAAGUAUUUGAUUUGAUGAGAGGGGAUGCCAAAAUUUAUCCCGACAUGGCUGCCUACCGUAGUGUGUGUGUUCUACUUGGCCAAGCUGGUCUUCUUAAAGAGUUGAUCAAAAUUAUUGACCGCAUGAAAGAAAAACCGAAGAAAGUUAAAACUGUGAAACACAAAAACUGGGACCCUGUCAUUCAACCAGAUAUUGUCAUAUAUAAUGCAGUUUUAAAUGCUUGUGUCCCAUCUUGCCAAUGGAGAGGAGUGCAUUGGGUGUUUCAACAGAUAAGGAGCAAUGGUUUGAAGCCCAAUGGAGCUACUUAUGGACUUGCAAUGGAGGUGAUGCUGCGAUCUAGGAAGUAUGACCUUGUCCAUGAGUUCUUUGACAAAAUGAAAAGAAGCGGGUUUGCUGACAAGGCAAUUACUUACAAAGUUCUUGUCAAAACCUUAUGGGAAGAAGGCAAAGUCAAUGAAGCUGUUCAUGCUGUAAGGGAAAUGGAACAAAGGGGAGUUCUUGGAACUCCUUGUGUAUAUUAUGAAUUAGCUUGUUGCCUUUGCUAUCAUGGAAAGUUGGAAGGUGCUUUCUUCGAGAUUGAAAAGCUAAAAAGACUUUGUCAGGAUAGACCUUUGGCAGUUACCUUCACUGGAAUGAUAUUGUCUUCAAUGGAAGGCGGACACACUGACAAUUGCAUAUCAAUAUAUGAGCACUGCAAAAAAUGUUGUGAACCUGACAUUGGAAUAGUAAAUGCCAUGCUGAAAGUUUAUGGUCGUAAUGAUAUGUUUCUUGAAGCCAAGGAAUUAUAUGAGUUCACGAAGAAAGUAAAUGCUGGUUCUCAAAGUAGUCUUUGCCCAGAUGUAUACACUUUCAGUUCAAUGCUCGAGGCAUCUGCUCGUGCACUGCAAUGGGAGUAUUUUGAUAGUGUCUAUAAGGAGAUGACCCUAGUUGGAUAUCAGCUUGAUACCAAGAAACAUGCAUACCUACUAGUGGAUGCCUCAAAAGCCGGGAAGGGACAUUUACUAGAUCAUGCAUUUGACGCAAUUUUAGAAGCUGGUAUGGUGCCUCCUUCGUCAUUCUUCACUGAGAUUGUAUGCAAUGCAACCUCACAGUGCGAUUACGAAAGAGCUGUCAUCGUUAUCAACAUGCUGGCUCUUGCACCGUACCAAAUCACCGAACAAGAGUGGAUUGAGCUCUUUGAGAGCAAUCAGGAAAGGGUGAGGAGUGCUAAUCUUCAAGAACUGUUAGAAACUCUCCAUAUACAGGGCACGAGAACUGAAGCUACCAUCUUAAACUUGUGUAGAGCACUAAAGUCUCUCUUGGGAGGUCGUGGUUCGAACAACUUACAUUCUAGGGUUGGUAGUGAUAUAAAACCUGGCAAAGACAGUCGAGUUGCAGGUUUGAUACAUGAUGAUCAUUCCAAUGAGUUUGAGGAGCUAAAUGUGGAUGUGACAACAACUGACAAUGAAGAUUCGGAAGAAACAGAGGAGCCGUCUGCAUAUGAGAUUUUGCAGCACUGGAAGGAAAUGGAGGAAAAUGAUAACAUUUCAUCACCGUCCUUGUAAGCCACCAUUGAAACUUACUCCUUUCUGCACACUACAUAGUCAUAGGUUUGUAGAUUAAAAUAGUGAUCAUUUGGAGUGCCAAGUACCAUGCAACACACGUUCUUCUUCGGUUUAGUCCUUAUUUCGAAGGAAAACCCAACUCCCAGGCUUGCAUGGCAGCCUUACUUAAAACAUCAGCAGUAUCCUUCUCAAUUUCACAGUCUCUUCUUGCCGAUGAUGCUACAGAAUGAGGUAAUAUAUAGCACAGGGUUUCAAUCUUCCAAAAACGGCUUCCAGUUUCUCGAAACUCUCAAAAUCUCUGGCCAGGCUUCAAGCUAGGGAGGUGCAAUCUUGGAAACUUGAAUGCAUCGAUGACAAGCUCUUGGACUUCACGAAACGUAUAAAAAGCACAAUAUGCCAUCCCUCUUCCAACAUAAAAGUAUCAACGGGUAUGGCUUCACUGGCUUGUAGCUGUAAUAUCUCUUGUUUUUUCUUUCUAUUCUAUAAAUGUUUACACAUUAG